AUGGAAGAAAACUCAUCAUCAACAAGGGAUGCAUAUGAGCCUGAUCUUCAAGAUUAUGCACCUUCAUCAUCAGUGAUGAAGCUCUUUGGUUUUCCAGUCACAAAUAAUAACAAAGUCCCCAUGCAACAGCAAAACGAUGACGAGAAUAAGAGAUUUGAGUGCCAACAUUGCCGUAGAAAAUUUGCCAACUCCCAAGCAUUAGGCGGCCAUCAAAAUGCGCACAAGAAGGAACGACAGAGGGCGAAGAGGGCCCAUUUUGUGGCUGAUCCUCGACGCCUAGGAUCCACUGUCCACAUUAUCAGUCCACACGGGACUCGACCAGGGUCCUUGAUUGGUCCAGGUGCAACUAACAGUGCCUAUGCUGCAAGGUUCCUCCCACCAACUGCAAAUGCUGUAGGUGCACCUCAGGUUUUGUCUGGAGUACCUCUGAGGUAUCCCGGUGGAUUUCAACUUGGGCUGCCACGACAGGGGCCGCCCGGCGGCCUAGGUGAAGUGGGGCCAUCGAUGCCAGUUGGGUUGACAGAUGUUGCUGAAGGACUGGAUGUUGAUCUCCACCUGUGA